AUGAGAGUUGGGGAAAAUGAGAGUGAUCUUUUUGAGUUAGGAGGAAUAGGAGAAUCAAAGAUGAAUGGUAGAUUGUCUGUUCCUAAUCAACUUGAAAUAUUGAGGAAUGAGAUUUUGAAAAGGUCAUCAGAGUUGUUUCACUUGCAUCCAGGUCGUGAUAAAAUGACUGAAGAGAUUAGAAAGUUAUUUUUGUGGAAAGGCCUAAGGAAGGAUGCAUUUGAUUUUGCGUCGAAAUGUCUAGUUUUCCAAAGGGUAAAGUUUGAAAGAUUGGAAGUGGGACUCAAUUUCUACGGACUUCGUAAUAGGAUUGCGGAGGACCCACGAGGAAAUGAUGUUAUUUGGGUUAUAGUCGACAAGUUUACCAAGGGAUCCAAAGUUUUUAUUGAGAGAAACCAUUCAAAUCUUAGAGGAUCUCUCGAGAGUUGUAUUUUAGACUUUGGACGCUCUUGUGAAGAUAAAUUACCUAUGGUGGAGUUUGCCUACAACAACAAUUUUCAAUCCAGCAUUAAGAUGACACCGAACAAAGCUCCUUAUGGAAGGAAGUGUCGAUUACCUUUGUGUUAG